AUGCGGAAGCUGCCGUCCUUCACGUUUAAUCACAGCUCCGGAUGGUCUCAGCCAGCCCGUGUGUUUCCAAUGUCCUCAUCCUCAUCCGUGCCCGCGGAGCGGCUGGUGCCUGGAGUCCUGAGGACCGGGGCCCGAGCCCAGCGGGGACUGGGCAGGGUGGGGUGGGGUGGGCUCCGGCAGCGGGCAGGCGUGCCCGUCCGCCCCGUGCUCUCGGCAUGUCUGCCUGACGACGCCACGCACAGCCGGGACGAGCCUGGGGCCCUGCGCCUUCCGCGUCACAGCUGCCGCGGGGCCCGCGGCCGAGCGUGGGUGUUCACAUGUGUUUGUCCAGCGAGCCGUGCGGCCACCCUGAGUGUCACAGCUCAUCGCUGUGGCUGUGGUGGGCCUGGGGCAAGGUUUAAGGUGCCGCUGAAGUUGGUCGUUAUUCUAAGUGCAAGUGAAUUUUCACAGGUCGUGUCCCCGCCCUGGGUCUUAGCGGGAAUACCCACUGGGGAUGUGUGUGGCACCUGCCGUGUCCGGGGUCAGACGCUGUGGUGA